CAUUUGUGGCCUGUGUGCGCGCGUGUGUGUGUGAUUGUGCGUGUGCGCGUUCUAGAGCUGUGCUGCCUGAAAUUGAUUCCGCUGCUGGCGUUCCCUCCCCUGUGUGUGUGUGUUUGUGUUUGUGUGGCUGUGCAUACAUUGUCCGUGGGUCCGAAUUUCGCGUGGGUGCUUGAGCAAAACAGCAGCAGCAGCAGCAGAAGCAGCAGUAGGGAAGCAAAAAAGCGAACGCGCCCGUAGUUUGCCAUCCGGAAGUGUGCGAAAGUCGGUGCGAAACCCGUCCCGUCCCGCAGUCCCGUCCCGUACGACUCGCGGCGUGUGCCAUUGCCCCGUUCGCUCCACCCGCGACCAAAAUCUGCGUUCCCCCGUGCGUGUGCGUGUGUGGGUCUGUGUCUGUGCGUGUUUUGUGACCGUGAAAGUGCAGCUGCUGGUGCUGCUGGGUUCGCGUAGUGAAAAGUGGCCCCCCAGGCCCGUGCCAGUGAUGCUGCUUGGUGUGAAAACCUGCUGCCACUAGCGAAUUGAAGCCAAACCCCUCGCUCGCUAGUUCCGGAAGCGCUCUGUGUGUAUCCGUAGCAGGCGCUGUUGUGGAGGGGCCUGCGAUAGUGUGUGAAGAAGCCGCAACAGAAAAAAAGAACGCAACGCGCUUGUGAGAAAGCAACGCAACACCAACACUAGCGGAAGAAGAAGAAGAAGAAGUAGGAAGAAGCACACGAUUACUAUUUCACAAUGGACACCGACGAUGUGGAAUCCUCGAGCAGUAGCACGAUGUCGAGCCUGAACAGUCUGUUUUCCUUCACCAGCCCGGCGGUGAAGAAGCUGCUCGGCUGGAAGCAGGGCGACGAGGAGGAAAAAUGGGCCGAAAAGGCGGUGGACAGUCUGGUGAAGAAGCUGAAGAAGCGAAAGGGCGCCAUCGAGGAGCUGGAGCGUGCCCUCUCCUGCCCGGGACAGCCAUCCAAGUGCGUCACCAUACCGCGAUCGCUCGAUGGACGGCUGCAGGUAUCGCACCGCAAGGGGCUGCCGCACGUCAUCUAUUGUCGCGUUUGGCGCUGGCCGGACCUGCAGAGCCACCACGAGCUGAAGCCGAUCGAAACGUGCCAGUAUCCGUUCAGCGCGAAGCAGAAGGAGGUGUGCAUCAACCCGUACCACUACAAGCGCGUUGAGAGCCCGGUGCUGCCGCCGGUGCUGGUGCCCCGCCACUCGGAGUUUGCGCCGGGCCACUCGCUGCUGCCCUUCCACCAGAUGAACGAGCCGAACAUGCCGCACAACGUGAACUACUCGAACACGGGCUUCAACAACUCGCACAUGGGCGGCGGAGGUGGUGGUGGUGGUGGAGGGGGUGGCGGGGGUGGAGGAGGCGGUGGAAAUGGUGGCAAUGGUGGUAAUGGUGGGGGCGGAGCAGGCGGUGGACCGAACUCGCCCAUUUCCUCGCACAUGGGACCGAACAGCCCGAUGUCGUCGGUGUCGAGCCCGGGGCCGAUCAGCUCGAACCCGCAGAGCCCGUACGGGGCGCUGCCGGAGACGCCCCCGCCCGCCUACAGCCCGCCGGAGGAGGGCAACACGGUGAGCGGCGGCCAGGACGGCAACCAGAUGGACACGAACCAGAUGCACGGCGAGGUGGCACCGGUCAGCUACCAGGAGCCACCGUACUGGGCGAGCAUAGCGUACUACGAGCUGAACUGUCGCGUCGGCGAGGUGUUUCACUGCACCAACACGUCGAUCAUCGUCGACGGGUUCACGAACCCGUCGAACAACUCGGACCGCUUCUGCCUCGGCCAGCUGAGCAACGUGAACCGGAACAGCACGAUCGAGAACACCCGGCGCCACAUCGGCAAGGGGGUGCACCUGUACUACGUCGGGGGCGAGGUGUACGCGGAGUGUCUGUCCGACUCGGCGAUCUUCGUGCAGAGCCGGAACUGCAACCAUCACCACGGGUUCCAUCCGAGCACGGUGUGCAAAAUACCGCCCGGCUGCUCGCUCAAGAUCUUCAACAACCAGGAGUUCGCCCAGCUGCUGUCGCAGUCGGUCAACCACGGCUUCGAGGCGGUGUACGAGCUGACCAAGAUGUGCACGAUACGUAUGAGCUUCGUGAAGGGGUGGGGCGCCGAGUACCACCGGCAGGACGUGACGUCGACGCCGUGCUGGAUCGAGAUCCAUCUGCACGGGCCGCUGCAGUGGCUGGACAAGGUGCUGAUGCAGAUGGGUUCGCCGCACAACGCGAUCAGCUCGGUGUCGUAAGGGGGUGAUGGGUGGGUGUGUGUGUGUGGUACGCGCGUCUUCAGAUUAGACAUUUAGCAGUAAAGGCGGACAGUUUGGUGUAAAAGAAUGUAGACUAAUAUUGCUGGGCCGAGCGGAAGGGAUACGUGUUUGCUAGUAUCAGCCUAGUGACUAAACAUAGCAUCAUACUUAUCGUUUAAGACUAAAGGUGAAGUAAACUGGACGAUGCCAUUACAGAACGGAAACGGGAAGAUUUCAACCAUCCUGAGCCAGAGCAAUCUAUUAAUUACGAAACAAAAAGCGAAACCUCAUGCACGAGAAAAGGGCGAAAAAAUAGUACAUUUGAAGAUUUAGUCUUUAUUUUAGUGCAUUACGGGUUCGGCAUCCAAACACGCAGCACAGAAUGCUCCAGUUCGUACGUGCGCAAGAGUGUUUUCGAUGCAAGAAACGGAACGAAUGUAAUGUACGCAAGCCAGCUAGCAGUUUAAGGGGGUUUUGUCGAUAAGUGUCUUUAUACGUUUUAAUUGUUUUUUUUUUAAUUCGCCCGACCUUUUAAGCAGAUGACAGAUUUAGCGGUGUAAGAAUGCUGUUUAGUUUCUUCGUACCUUGGUAAGAAUAUCCGUGUGCGCCGGUAUGGAAAGCGAGCAUAAGAAGAUAGUUGUAUUCGUUUAAAUUUUAGCACGAUGGCGCAGCGUUGGACCGACAAAACCGAUGAUCCGGCAUCGCUUUACAGUAUGAUUAGGGGUUUGUUUUUAAAUACUGCUGCAUAAUGCGCCAAUUGAUGCACUUUUUUUUGUUAUUGUGAAGAAAAGGCUGCAGUACCUGUGUGUGGGGCUACUAUUUGUCCCGCGAAGAACGAAUCAGCAACCAAACACGUGCAAAGGGUUUCAAAAUAAUGUAGGUUGUUUGGCCUAAUUUUGGAGCAGUUAGUACAGCCACACAUUGCUCUCCAGUUAACUGUGCCCCUGUGCGUUGACGGCAACCAGCAGCAGCACAUGGCGGUUGUGCAAACAAAAAAAGGUCCUAGCAGAGCGAGUGCAAUUUAUAUGUUCCCCCGAAAGAGUCAGGCCUAGUAGAUCACAAUCAAACGGGAUGGAUACGAUUUUUGAACGUGAUAAGAUUAUUCUGAUGCCAUCAAACAAACGUGCAACUAUGAGAAGUAUAUAGAGUUAAGACAAAAGAAAAAGCAAGAUGCAAUUUAUUGUUUACAGAGAGUGGCGGUGUUAUGAAAACUGCUUCCACACGCGCGUGCACCCGUUUGGAGUUACGAUUUUCGUGAACUGUAAGUGUGGUGCAACAAAUUCUGCUCUAACAGUGUGUGUAUGUGCGUUUUUAUGUUACAAUAUAUCUUUUUUUAUGUUUGUAGCAAAGUUUCAUUCAGUUGCUAGUAAAAUUAACUUGUUUCAUAGAGUUCGGUUUAAUAUAAAAGUUCUUAUAAGAUUUCUAAGAGAGCGAUAGAGAGAGAAAGAGGUUCGCAGAGAUGUAUGCUUUUUUUAUAAUGACGUUAUUCUUUAUUAUUGCUUGUGCUUCCCGCUGUGCUCGACAACCAGAUUUAAUCUUGCGUGCGAGUGCAACCAAAAACCUUACAUGCCAACACUAAGCUUAGCGUGCACGCAGUUGAUAGUGCACGAGGGACGAUUCAACCCUUCAGAUUCAAUCUUUCUCCUACACUGUUUCAGUAUUUCAGCACCCCGAAACGAAACAUACACUCUCCGUACCUUGCUUUUUACUUGGUGGUUGAAGUGCUAAAAGAAAAGCUUUCACAAAUAUUGGCUCCCAAACGUUCUUCCCAUCCUUUGCCUAUGUGCCCACAACGCUAAUGAUGCGUAAAAAACGUUUCCUUUGUGCAAUGCUUUCGUUAGUAGAAAGUAAGUAAGAUAAAACUGAAUUGAUUGCCUUAUAUUACAAAACAAAAAAAAAAAUAACAACAACAGUGUCGACGUUGUAGUGCCUCAAGCAGCUUGUAACAGACUAAUAGAUGUUUUGCAAAUGUUAUAUUUUGACAAAGAAAGGAGAUGUAAUUCUCUCUGCCUUGAACACAAUUGUGCCACCGCGAGUGCGAAAACAACGGAACGGAAACGGUUCGGCCUUGAUUGGAUGAAACGAAAAACGAAAAGGACGACAAACGCUUUUAGACAGUGGACAGGAACGUGUUUGGCCUUUUGCAUAAAUGCCUUUGUUUUUGUUUUUAACUAGACGUUUAAGUGAAUGUGCAAGCCGAUAAAGCAUGCAAUACAGAAAUGCGCCUUAUUUUUCACGAUACACAAUAACAACAGCCUUUUCAAAGACAGGAUUCACGCAGGAUGGAGAUACUUUGACGCGUAAAGUUGGUCCGUACUUUGCUGUGGAUGAAUUUAUUUUUUCAUAAGCUCCAAAAUGCUUAACAGAUGAGGACGACGAGAUUAGCAAAAAAAAAAAAGAAACACAUUUAAAGAGUUCACCAAGGCCAUAUUACAGGCAACUGGGAAAUACGACCGGACUAGCAAACUAUUAAGUGUCGUGUUCGAUUAUGUAUUUUUAGCAAAUUGAUUCUCCUCAUCCGUGUGCCUGUGUGUGUGUGUGUGCGUGUGCCUGUGUGUGCGUGCUUCGUGCCUUGAAUUACGUUUGCGACUCUGUGUGCGUGUGUGUGCGUGUGUAUAUGCGUGUUCGUGUUUGCGUCUGUAUAGUGUGAAUUAUUUUGAAAUACAGUUACUUUUUAGACGGUAUACUUAAACUCUACCAUAAAAGCGAAACAAUCAACUGUGUACUACACAGAUCUUAAACGAUUUGGAGAUAAAAACAAAAGAAGUGCGAAGUAGCAAAAGAACUAAGUGUACGAAACAAAAACAAAACAAAAAGUAGAACAAAAUGGAAAAUAACAGUUACAUGUACAUAUUAGAGACCAGCGCAAUGAUUGAAUAGCUUGAAAUGCGUACAAAAUGAAACUGGUCCCCCAUACUUGUAUUAAAAAUGAUAAAUAUGAUAGACAAAACGUAAAGAAGAAGAUUAAACAAAAUCUACUCAAACAAAAAAAAAAAAAAAAACAUGCAAGCAGCAACAAAAGCCACAUGUUGAACCUAUAUCUUGCUCACUUAGAUUAAAGUAUGUCCCGGUAUGGCUCGAAAGCAAUUUAAAAAAGAAAAGGUGAAAAGGAGAGUUCAAAGAAGAAGAAAAAAACAAAUGCAAACAAAUCAUGUUUUAUCACCUAAGUGUAGCUACACAUUUACCGAAGCAAGAACGUAAAAAAAGAAAACAAGAAACAAUACAUACAACUGCGAAAAACAUGCAGCAAAACAGCAACAAUUGCAAACAAAAGCAAGAAAGAGAAAAAAACAGAUGCAUAUAACAAAUCACGCAUGCUAUCUUAAACAUACGGACAGAAUAAAACUUCAACAUUGCCGUUAGAUUAAAGCAAAAUGCUAACAUUGAUAAAACAAAAACACAAACAAUCAAGCCUCGGUAGCAAAUUGUGCAAAAGCGAAACAUUAUCAGAUUAUCAUCAAACACUCCGCCGACAAGCGUAACUCGCGAAGCAAGAAGAAAAGGUAAAGUACGAAUGAGCCAUUCGCAGCAGGAAAGACCGUUUAGUGAUAAAAGUUCUGCUUAUAGUGCACAACCAUUUUCAACGAUUGAUUCAGAAACUAUGAUAAUGUGUGUGUUUUGGUGUUUGUAAAAGAUGUAAGAACAAACCUGAAACAAAAAAAAAAAACAAAAAAACAAAAUAAAAAAGCAAGUGAACAAAGCGGAGUAAAAUAAAGAGGUGAAAGGUUGAAAAGAAAACCGGCUGAACAGAUAGAUGAAUUGAUAUAAUAGAUACAACAGACAGAAACAUAACACAUCAGCAAAACAAAAAGCUCUUAACGCAAAAAAACAUGAGAUGAAAGAUGGGACAAAGAAUCGUAUAAAAUGCUCAAUCAGCUAUUUUUCAUCGCAGCGCGCCGGUGUGUUUUUGUUUGCUCUUGAAACACUGGGGACAUCCUUACACAUUUCUUCACCUGACACGUCGUCCAUCAUCACACAUCAUUUCAUCGCUGCUGGUUGACUAGAAUCGUUCGAUCGUUAGCGUCGGUAAAGCUAUUCUUAAGGUACGCGACAUUUGCGAGACACUAACUAUAGUGUAUGUAUAGCUGUAGCGCGCAUAUUUAGAGCAUAAAUGAAAGCGAUUGUAAUGAUAGAGAGAGGGAGAGAGCGAAGAGCUCCCGGCGCUCGUGUUGUCUGUAGAACUAUGCAUUAAAAAGAACGACACCUUGCAUGAACCCGUCGUCCCACGGGAGAGGCUCUUGUACAAGAAGGCGCCAGAUUUCCCAGCCCAAUCGAAGCUUCCUUCAUUUUCACCCUCCCAUCCAUCCUUACACCGACAUCUCCUACACACGCCCAUAGUUCGUAACCACUGUGCCAUGUGUGUGUUUACACGGGCCACCUCCAAAACACGUACAUCUCAAUGAUCUCAAGUGAAAUAAAUGAAAUACUUAGUUUCGACUGUCCUCUGAUUUAAAAAAAAAACAACUAAAAUAGUAAGCGAUUACUUUUUCGAAGGCGCAACGGAAGCGCAUAUCUGAAGCGCCUAAAAUGGAUACGAACAACCAUGAGAAAUUGGCCUAAAUGCCGUUUGCCCGCGUAAAGUAAAUCAAAACUAAUAAAAAAAAUGUACACCAUCAUGCCAUAAAAUAAGAGCACUCGAAGCGAAGGAGUGCCAGUAAAGGUGUUGCGAGCGUUCUGUGCGGCUUUGUUUCGUAAGCUUUAGUUUAGUAACACUGGGCGUCGUCAGUCAUCUCGAGGAUGAGAUCGUUUUAAUCAGUUUAACGUACUUUUUCCUACAAAACAAGAAGUAACAAUGAUGUACAGAAAUGGAAACAGUGCAAAACGAAACAAAACGUAAAAAAAGAGAAUCCAAUAAAGCAACAUAAUGUGAAAAUGAUGGUGCACAAUAUGUUGUGUAUAAACUACACAGCGACACGGAAACAAACAGAAAUAGUUAAAAGCCUCUCCCUACCCCCCCAAUUGUCAGCGAAUAAAUAUUUUUCGUCGUGGUAUUUAGGUUCUUGUGGCUCUUUCUUCCCACUUAAGUUGAAAAAGUGUGAAAAUAUCAUUGUAGUGUGUAAUCGAGCGAGCGUAUAUUACGGCGAAGGAAACAGAAGCAGGUGGAACAGAAAAGGAAAUAAUUCAUAUGUGCGCGCUCGUAUGUUAAGAACGGUAUGAAUAAAAUCAAUAAAAUAAAAGAAACAGAAAACUAA